AUGAAGGUCCAGGUUGCCGACUACGACGCCUACCAUGUGUCUCCGACAAAACUUGAUUCAGUGUACGGGGAAGCCACCCAGGCGCCCAUAGUGCGGGUCUAUGGCUCUGUUAGAGUCGAGCCGCCCCUGGGAACCAAGCGGCCGCUGCUGCUGCUAUCGCCAUUAGUGGUUCCCGCCAUGGUCCACAUCCAUAACUACUACCCGUACUUGUAUGUUGACUGCAAUACCAAGGAUUUAGGGUCAUUAACGGAGGAGGUGUUAGCUCAGAAAUGCCGGUACCUUGAGGCUCGCAUGGUAGCGCUGUAUCGCCACCGCCAGUAUAAUGAUGAUGAUGACGAUAUUCCGCCAGUUAAAGGACAAAAGAAGUUUGUCCUCUCAGUGACGGUGUGUAAAGGGAUGCCGAUAUACGGUUACCGAGCCGGUUACCGCCCCGUGUACAAAAUUACGUUACUCAAUGCUCAGUAUAAGUUGAGAAUGGCUCAGUUAUUUUGGGAUAACAGCGUGGUAUUGGAUUCUGAACUGUCUAAGGUGGCUCCAUUGGUGUAUGAGGCUCACAUACCGUAUACGGCUCAAUUUAUGAGCGAUUAUAACGUCUUUGGCUGUGGGUGGAUGGAUCUAGAGACCUGCUACGUGAGAGAUCCCGUCAUCGGCAAUAACGUGUUUGACUCCAGUCAGGUUUCUCGGCUCAAACAAUGGUUGUUACACGGAAUUGUCCACCAGAAUAACGUAUUACUGUCAGAGAAAUGGCCCCGUAUCUCGAAUAUGGUGCUUGAAUUUGACGUUGACGUCGCCUCGGUGCUAAAUCGGAAACAGAUAGAGCUUCGUAAGCUCCACCACGGGUUCACGGAGUGGCACCGGUGGCUGCCUGACCUACCAACCCCAAUUUACUUGCUGUCUUUACAAGGCGUAUACCGUGACUUGGAGUACCAGUGUCGCGCCCGUAAUGCUCAGUUUCAUAAAGAUGAAACGUUAAACUCUCAGAGUUAUGGUACCGGAAGUUCCACAUGGCUGAACCAAGAAGAAUUGGAUGAUUUAUUGGCGUACGCGAUGAAACAAAACGGCACCACUAAAACCAGUAUGGACGAGUGGUUUGAUACCACGUGCCAGUGGAAGGGACUUGAAGAAGUACCCACAUGUUUUGCGCUGGUGGAUAUCGUCCCUCGAUACCAUAAUUACCCGUUUAGAGCUCCCGUUGACUUGGUGGCGUGGAGACUACCCCACCAGCUUUGGAGCCGCCACGCCCCGAUCCUGGCUUCCCAAUUCCAAAGAUCACAACCGUCGCAACCAAAGAUUUCGGAACUACCUACUGAAGUCGACGAAGAGCUGUCUACUGAGGAAGAUACUGAAAAGGACGAUAAUUCCGAAAACGAUGAUAUCACGGAAAAAUCAGACAACCCAACCACUUCCUCGCCUGCUACAUCACCUCAACAACCACCAGAUAACCUGGAAGUAUUGGCCCAGCUAGAACUGUGGUCGCUUGAAGAACUGGGCGGUAUUGACCAGGUGAUUGCUACACAAAGAAGACAAACGUUUGCUCAAUCCAAUGGCGAUGAUCUGAUUGUGGAGUCGAUGCGGGGGUCGCAGCUGAUGAUCCUAGAGUCGCAGCCAUCAGUAACUGCUGGUGGUAGUCUUCGUUUCCGUCUGGAACCUCCCAAGGAAGCUACAGACCCGGAACUCCUCAACCGGCUGUUUAUUGAACUGGGAGCAUUGAAAAUCGAUUACCCCGUGCCUCACUUUGAUACUGACGCCGAUCAACCGCUGAGACCGUUUAUCUUCGCCAAUAAACGGAUUAACGUCCCUGUACUCUGUGACGCUACCAUCCCUGAUUCUCUGAUGUCCCAGUGGAUCAAACUGACGAUGAAACCGAAAAAGGACCAGCUCCAGAGGUGGAGAUACGUUCUAGAACCUCCAAAAGCAGAAACUGUGGCCCAGUGGUUCAUGGACAAACAACUCCAGCCACUGCAGAAAUGGAACUCGCAAAUUGAGGCGAUUACUCAAAAUAAGUACCUGUACAACUCGGCUAAAGUGGUACGGCACGAUGACGGUUAUAACGCCAUGACCUACUUCUACAUUGACGUGUUGGCUACCACCGAUAGCGACCGUGCUCCUGAUCCUGCCACCGACUCUGUGGUGGCUAUAUUCUACCAUUUUGAUGAUUCUAAUGGCUCAUUUGCUCAUAUGCCCACGUCAGGGACAUUAUUAGUGGGCCAAAGUUUACCUAAUUGUCUGACAGUCACUCAUGAGAGUGAUAUGGUGGCCCAUUUAGUCCACUUAGUAACCAGUUUUGACCCCGAUAUUUUAGUCGGAUACGAGGUAAAUGACACUCUGUGGGGUUACUUAGUCCAGAGAUUCCGUCAGUGUUAUGAUGCGAACCUUUUGGAGCUGUUUUCUCGUGGUACUUUCAAGUCUCAGGGUAAAUGGGGUGACCGUUGGGGGUACACUCAUACCUCACUGCUUGCCAUCUGUGGCCGUCACGUAUUAAACCUAUGGAGAGUUCUACGCUCAGAUAUGGCUCUCACUGACUACUCAUUGGAGAAUGUUGCUAGGAAAUUGCUCAAAGUGCUGAUGCCUCGGUUCUCCAACUAUAAGCUCGGGAUGUGGUUUAACGGCACUGUGAGAGAACAACAAUUGGUUCUCCGUUAUUUCCACCGUAAGAUCGAAACCGCUUUGAAGAUUAUCGCCGUCCAGGAGAUUAUUACCCGAAACGUCGAGUAUCUGAGGCUUAUCGGUAUUGAUUUUAACGCUAAUUUCUACCGUGGGUCUCAAUUCAAAGUGGAACUGAUCCUUGGUCGUCUUUCUAAAGCUGAGAAUGUGAUGCUUAACAGUCCUCUGAAACACCACGUCCACGAAAUGCGCUCCCUCGAGUGUAUCCCUUUGAUCCUUGAACCCGAUCUGAACUUCUACCGCCUGCCCCUCGUGGUCCUUGACUUUCAAUCAUUAUACCCGCUGAUCAUGAUUGCCUAUAACUACUGCUUUUCCACGAUUUUGUGUCGUCUCCGCAAUUUCAAGAGGAAUAGUAACCGGUUGGGGUACCUCAGACACCACCCACUUCCUCCGGGGCUUAUUGAUUUGCUCUGGCGCCACAAUGCUAUCAACGUCCUGCCUAACGGGUGUGUAUUUGUCAACUCAAAAGUGAGGAAACUGAUCUUAGCUAAGAUGUUAGGGGAAUUGAUGAAUACUCGUCAGGCAGUGAAGAAAGUGAUGAAGAUGUUUGGCGGCGAAUCUGAGCUCUGUAAGCUUUACCACGCUCGUCAAUUAGCGUUGAAAUUGAUUGCUAACGUCACCUAUGGAUAUGCGCUGGCGUCAUUCUCUGGUCGAAUGCCUAAUCUGGAUGUGGCUGAUGCCAUUGUCGCCACGGGGAGAGAGAUUUUACUGAAACUGAUUAGGAUGAUUGAAGCAGCAGAGUUUGGGGCUAAAGUCGUAUACGGUGACACUGACUCCCUUUUCGUUUAUUUCCCUGGAGCGCUGAGAGAGGACGCUUUCAACUAUGGUCAAAUCUUGGCUGACCGAGUCACCGGAGAGUUUCCCGAUCCGAUUUUCCUCAAAUUUGAAAAAGUGUACCAUCCGUGUGUCUUAUUAGCUAAAAAACGGUACGUGGGAUACAGUUAUGAACUGCCCCACCAAGGUACUCCCAAAUUCGAUGCUAAGGGGAUUGAAACGGUGAGACGUGACGGUAUCCCCGCUCAACAAAAGAUGGUGGAACAACUGCUUCGUCUCUUAUUUGACCUGGCUAACCUUUCAGCAGUAAAGAAAUACGUCACUGACCAGUUCCGUAAGGUGCUUCUGUCGAAAGUGCCCAUCCCUGAUUUCUGUUUUGCCAAAGAAGUAAGGUGGGGAACCUAUAAAGAUGAACGGUAUUUGCCUCCUGGAGCUAUUGUCGCUCAACAAAUGGUGGACGAUGACCCGAGAAAGGAACCUCAGUACCGCGAGAGAGUGCCCUAUUUGAUCUACCAUGACGUCACCAAACCCAAAUUGAGGGACCGGGCGAUCUCCCCAGAGAAAUUCAUGGCGCUGUUGGCGCUGCCGCUGCCGCUAUACUUGGAUUACGAGUACUAUAUUACGAAAGUACUCCUGCCUCCGUUGGAGAGAAUAUUCAAUUUGAUGGGAGCAAACGUCAAGGAUUGGUAUAAUACACUUCCCAAGAGGCACUUACCCCAUGCUAAAGCGCUGGCGUUGGCUCAAUUCGUUAAACGCCACCAAUGUGCUGUUUGUCAAGGAGCUAUUGACGGCGAUCUGGAUCAUUUCUGCCAGCGAUGCUUGAGGAACGAGGCGCUACUGGUGGCUAAACUCAUGGGCGAAGUGAAGUACCGCGAGCGGAAACUGGUAUUGUUGCGGCUGGGGUGUAAGAUCUGUGUUGGCGCCAAUACCGAUGCCGGUACCGAUGAAGUAUCGGUGGUGGACCAGUGCCUGAAUCAACUGUGUGAUGUGUACUAUAAGAAAGCAGUGGCCGACCACCAGUAUGAGCGUAUCGCCGAUGCCACAGUGCCGAUGUUAAAGGAACUCGAGUGGUGA